GGCUCGAAGCGUGACACCUGGUUCGCACUUAAAGCGCGCGCUGAGUCCGAAGCUCACUUCGAGGUGCAGAACAAUGGAGGAGGACGACGGCAAUAUCUCACUCUCUAUGCUGCUCCCUCUGCGAAUGUUAAUUAGGCCCGGCCACCGCGGCGGCGUCUCCUCCUCCUCCUCCGGCCACCGUCGGCAUGCGGUUGUGGCACCCUCCACCACCACCGCCGCCCCCAUCACUGCCCCAUGUUUCCAGCUUCCACGAGAUUGGGAAGUCGAGAAAGUUCUCCGCUCCGACGCCAGCAAAAUCGACACGUAUUACUAUGAGCCGGGAACUGGACAGAAGUUCCGAUCUCUGAAAGCUGUUGAGAGGUACCUAACGGGAAUGGAGUAUACAUCUUCAUGCAAAGCACUGAAGUUAAGUGAUCAUGUUAAGAGUUCUCAUCGAAGAAAAAUGAUUGUUUCAGGUGGAAUGUUGUUGAGGCUGGAUAAGGAGGAAUCGGAUCGAUGCCAAUCAGCAGUUGUGGCCCCCUCCAUUUCCACAGCUACGUCGCCGUUCAAUCUCCCUGAUGGUUGGAUUGUGGAAGAGGUACCCCGCUGUUGCAGUGGUCAGACUGACAGGUAUUAUUAUGAACCAGGUACUGAGCGGCAGUUCCGAUCCCUGAGUUCUGUUCAGAAACACCUGGCAGAGACGGGAGAAGAUGUUCCUCUGUCCCAGAUGUUCAAAUUGGGCAGUCGUGUUAAGAAUUCUGGUUCAAGACACAAAAUUUCCAGAGAGGAGGUGAAGACUUCAACAUCUGAAUCUCCCAAGCCGCCAGUUAAAAUCAAUUGGGUUCUUGCUGACCCUGGAGGGUUUGCAUGGAAUCCUUUCAUGGGUGAAUCAAUGGUUCCAGAACCUGUUAAACUACAAUGGGCCAAUAAGUUCAUGCAAUCAAUGAGUGACAAAUUUUGCUGAGCAGAUUUUGAAUGGUGAAAGAGUUUGACGAUGCUUAGCAGCAUAUAUGAACUCUGGAGGAAACUGGCUGAUCAUGGCUGAUGUAAAUGGUGGAUUGUCCAUAUAGUUUGUAUAUUGUUGGUGGUGGUUGUCACCGUGGCCGUCUAGUAUGGUUAUCCUAACCAAUGUAAAUUCCCUUUUCUUAUUAUUGUUGCUUGCUUACUGAUAACUUCUAAUGAAAGGUGUUGAAUCUGUUCAUGUUCCAGUCA